UGCGUUAUACAACUUUAUCUAUAUUUUUCAAGAUUUGGGUACUUCGCCAUUAAAAUCCCAAAUACCAAUCCGAAGAUAAUUUUUUUCCCUCAUCUCCUGCCAUUAGUGCAGACCCUCACGUGCGCUAAUGAGGCGAAAAACGCACGAAACGAGAGGAACAGUUUCCCUUCUCUUCCUUCUGCAAAAUAUCCAUGGUAGACAAUACAAGAAAAAAAAAAAAAAAUCUCUAUAAACGCGCUCUUAAACCCUGGUUAAGGGUUUGUCUAUCACUUUUAGUGGAGGUUGGAAAGUUAUCCUUCUGCCUUUAGUGGAGCUCAUGCAGGGGUGAAGCUUAAAAGCUGUAAAUUCGGAUCAUUAUGGAUUUUUUUUCUUAAAGUUAAAUCUAAUCUCCACUGGCAAUGUUUAAUGAACUCCGAUGACACUAUAUCCGACUGUCGCGUCUAUUAGAACAUAGAUGCUAUAGCUAACUCAACCCGCCGAGAGAGGCUAAAUUUUGGGUUAUGUUGCUUCACAUUAAAGAUGGAUUGAAGACUCAAACUGCAAAUUUAUUGCUGAGUAGGGACUCACGAAAAAUUCCAUUGGUGUUUGCUUAGUGGGAUAUACAAGAGAGGAAAUGGUAGCUGGUCAGCAAAAGAGGCCAUUGACUAAUAUUUGUGCUAUUUCAAAUAAUGGUGACGAAGAGUUUUCUUCAGAAAAGAGAAAAAUCAAUAUAGUGCUCUCUAAAUGGUUUCAAACAAUGAGACCUCAUAUUGCUCUAGAAUGGGAUGAUACACAAAUGAAGGCAGUGGCUCGAAAGGGACAAGUGGGAAUCACAUGGAGGCACCUUUUACCUUUUUAUGGACCAUCUCCACAUCAUUCUUGCAUGGAUUUGGCUGAUGUGUUUACUAUUCCAGAGGAAUUGUACGAACUGAAGGAUCUGAAGGAUGUUUUUACGUAUGAGGUUUGGCAAUCAUGCUUUUCAGAUUCAGAACGGAAGCUUCUUUCUGAGUUCCUUCCCAAAGGAUUUGAUGCAGAAAUAGUUGUACAAUCCUUACUUCUUGGUCACAAUUUUCAUUUUGGAAAUCCGUUCAUUGGUUGGUCGUCGUUGCUUUGCAGUGGUGGUAUGCAUCCAGAUGCAAUUCGUUUAAGUGAGGCUGAGUUAAGAGCUAACAAGAAAGUGUACUAUUCUGAAGUUCGAAAAUAUCAUAACAACAUGCUUGAGACUUUGCAGAUGUGGAGGGAAGCCUGGCAGAAUUGCAGGAAUCCUGAAAUGGAGUUGCCCGAUAGAAAAUGGCAAGGAUCACAGAAGCAUGAUGUUGCAAAAAUGCAUGUAAUGUCGGAGGAAGGCAACACAGUGAUCAGCAGUUCCAAAAAGCAAGAAAAGGUGACCUCAGAAAAAAUGUUGCAUGCCACUUUUGAAGAGUCACGCAAGAAUGUUUUGGUAGAGCAUUGGAUAUUUUUAGUACAGAUGGACCUUCCAGAAGCAUAUGCCAAAUUUGUGGAAAGCCACUUACAGAGACAUCUACAGAGAAAUCAUUUACAGAAAGAGAUUUUGGAGCAUCGGAAGUUUGUGUCGGACAAGGCAAGAUGUAAAGAGAAUCUAAUAGAUUCAGAGACACUGUGCUAUACAAAGGAAGGGGCACAGAUCAGGAAGGAAAUUGAUCUUUCACAAUUAAAAAAUCUGCCAGUUCAUGCUAUUGCUGAAGUUGAAGAACAGGAAAAAUCAAAUUCUGAAUUUACAAAGCUUAGUUCUGAUUCAAGUACUCAAUAUGGGGCUCACAAACCAUCUGAUUCAGAAGAAUCUUCUGAUGUGAAAACCUUAACAAGUACCGAAAUUCCUCCAGUUCAGGUGUCAGGUAUGUGGAGUCCUACCCCAAAAAUGACACCACAAGCUACUAAGUAUGAACAGCAUCGAAAUUGCUUGUCGGAAACAGAGAAUCCAAAGCCAGUUAAAAAUGUUUUCUCUGACGCAAGGCUAAAGCAAUGUUCAGGCCUUGCUGAUGAACAACCAGUUUGCAGAGAUGAUGUGCUGUCUUCAGUUAAAGAAACAUUGUCUACCACCAAUGUUGAUUGUCCAGGAUUUUCUUCGCAUUAUGAUUUAGGAUCAGCUAGAAAAGAAUGUUCUAAUCUCCUACCAAGGAAAAGGCCAAUCUUUUGGGCACCAUCAAAGCUUGCAGAAGAGAAUUCUGUUGAUGAUUCUAUGAGGAGAAGCAUUAGUGAAGAAGGACCAGACAAAAGACCAUGCUUUAGUCUAGAAAAAACAGGUCCACUGCAGAAUGUUGUAUCUCAGCAGGAUCAUUUUCCUUCCCAGAGAGACCAACCAGCAGACAAUCAAAAUUGUUCUUUCCUUGUGAAUACGGAUAAGAAGGCUGGUGCUGAGGGUCACUUGCUUCAUUUCAAGCAACCAAUGAGUUCGAAAAAUCCUAUAGGAGAGUUAGAGAUGCAGCCAUUUAAUAAGAGACAAGGCUAUGUAGAGAUGCAGAUUCUUUCUUUAGGAAAGGAUCAUCCUUCUGCUCUAUCUUUACAGCAGGCAGAGUAUUUGGACAAAAAAUGUCAUUUAAAUUUGAGCAGUGAAUUUUUUGAAGAACAACAUUCCCAAAAUACUAUGCAUUCAUCUUUGUUGGGUGAUUUAACAAACAGAGUCAGUGUUCCAAAUAUGCAGGCAGACAAAACCCAUUCCCUGAUUCUUUCUUCAUCUAAUGGGAUUCAAGCUAGAGGGAGACAAUCUGGCCUUAAUCACGAGAUCAACUGGGAUGGAAAUAAUUUUUCUCUACCUUGUGUCUCUGCAAGAGGACCAACUCAGCAAGGCUUCCAACAUGUAUUCUACUCAGCACAAGACUUGCAGUUUUUCACUGACAUUAAAUCAAAAGAACUUAACCAUCCUUUACAACGGAGAGACUCAAAUCAAUCUGGCAAGCAAGAUGGUUUUGGUGACAAUGUUCAAGAGCAACAAAUUUUCUGGCAGAAUCAUCAUCAAGAGAACCAAUCCCAUAUAUUCAAACAUACAGAGCAGAAACAGUCCUUGCAAGCUUCGGGUCAACAAGACCUUUUUUUCCCUGGCCUUUCUCCAGCAGCUGUUCCAAAUUGGAAUGGUCCUCUACAUGCUAUACCGUGGAGGCCCCUUCCUGCAACAGCCAUGCCUCAAUUAGAGCAACAUCCUAAUCAUGUGAAUGGCAUCAAUAAUCCAAUUCCUGCUAGUUGGUCUCCUCCUAAUUUCCUCCAAAAGCCAUCCACUAUAGAUCAUGGUCAUACAAGGAGCAACAGUGAAAGAGAAUUAUUUGGUUUGCUACCUCAAUGGGAUAGUUUACCUCAAAGCACAAAUGGAGUCUCAAACCAUGAUCAAUAUGGAGAUUUGAAAAUCUAUACAAGUAUUGGUUUCUGUACUAGUAACAAUGGCCAUAGCCAAGAAGAUUGGAUCCAAUUGCAACACUCACAUGCUAAUCCUUCAUACCCAUAUGAGAUAAGCUCAAUACACAGAGCUGGUUACACUCCUUGUAGAAACAUAUCUCCUAUCUCCUACCCAAGUUCUGAAAUUGCUCAUUUCAGGCAGAUGAGUUCUGGUUUGCAGAAUAUUAAUGGACAAGGUCCAUCUUUAAAUUCUCCAUGGAAUUUGUAAGGAUUGAUCCUCUUCUUAGUGCCUAUAAAAGCCUAUGCUAGUGUCAGAUUGAGAAAUUCAGAUUAAAUGCUUUAACGCAGGUCAAGAUUUAGAUUCUUGGCUAGAUUGGGUCCUUUUAGUUACCCUUAAGACGAUUCUGGCAUUCCCAUGUGAACAGGCUGCUAUAAAGAUUAUUCUCAACAUAAUAUUAUUACAGGAAAACUCAGUAGUGGGGAAAACAAGUGUAGAACUUGCAUUAAUAUUCUCAAAUAUGGCCAUAUAUAUUAUUAAUGUAGGCAAGGAAAAGUUCCAACCAAAUGUAAAAAAAACUAUGGGUUAUGGAAUUGUACAUUAUAAAUUGAAGAAAAUGUCUCAUUAUUAGUAAA